AUGGAAUCAAGACAGGAGCACAUUGCUACGCUCUGUGCAGUUGGUACCUUGGGCAUUGCCGCCGCCGGCUUAGCUUUAGGUACAUCUGAAGGAGAUACAUAUCUGAUCAAGCCCGGCAAGAGAAAGGCUCCUGGUACAAAUGCUGCCACAUAUUCACCUAUCUCUCCCCAGCUACCGCGUCCUCAGACCUCAGACCUCGACGCACCAGCCCCAGCAUUAUCCGAGCGAAUCGAACGCCGGCUGUCAACCUCUAUUCUGCGACGGAAAAUUACCACUCCCUCGGCGGCCACGCAGAGCACAGGCACGGGCUCGCGUGAGAGUUCGAUCAGCAGGUACGGGAUAUUGAGACCUUGGACGUCCGGCGAGAGGGACACGUCAACAGAAGAGAAAGAGCAGAGGCCCAAUCAAGGUCAGACCUGGUUAAGACGGAUCUCGAGUCUCUCUCGUCCCACUCGGAGCAGCCCUACAUCGUCCUCGUCUAGGCUUGACGUCUCCCCAGCUCCCUCGCGUCCUUCCAUGAACGAUCAGGACCAACCUAAUAAGCUUGUCAAGCGCUCGUCAUCUAAGCGUGUUCUCACUAGUGACGGUACCACUCGCCCGCCGGCUCUUUUAAGGCGUCCGGCUACAAGCCAUCAAAGGUCAGCAACGUUGUCUGGCUUACCUUAUACUCGACCCUUGACUACCGAGUCUACGUUCCCGGAAUUGCCUGAAUACAUUUCUCAGGAGUCCACCUGGAGACCUUUCUUCGAGACGGGCUACUCCAGGAAGAGGCAUUCGUCUGGCUUCCAUCGGGAAGGCAUUGCCCGGACAGUUUCGAUCCCGGAAGGUCGCCCGCCGACGUUACUUCUCGGAGGAGCUGUAGAACCCCGAGACAUCGCGGACAUGGACGACCGACCUGAGCUGCCGACUGAAAUCCCGCCCUCCCCACCAACUCGACGGCACAAGAUGCGGCGGACACUGGGUUCGGUACGGAAAGGCAUGCCUCCCCGCCAUUUCACCGACCCGAUAGUAAGGCUGAACAAAGACGAAGCCUACGGGAACAUUGUUCCCUCGACUGCCUUCUCAAAUAUAUCACCCAUGUCGAACAUCUCCACCUUCGAGAUCGAUCUACCUCAUGGAACCCCCAUGUUCACUUCAACGCCUCCCUCGUACGGCCCUCCACAACACCGUUUCACCAUCCCGAAACGCAUCUCUGUUGCUCCUUCGGACCCCACAACCGCCAGCUCCGACAAUGACACUAGAGUAUUCACCGACGACGACUCUAUGGAUUUUCACAGCGAUACAGCGUACGACUCUUUGGCCACCCGAGCCACAGCAAGUAGUCAUUCCGGCUUCCGUCAACCUAAAAUAGAAACGAUAUUUGAUGAGAUGUCUGUGGAUCAGCAGCCCGUGCAGACAAACAGCAUCGAACAAUUGAUGCAACGGGCAACCCUGGACGACGAUGUGCAGUCCAUCUCACAAGAAGGAGCAAGCGGACCAAGUACGAUUGGCAUGGGUAUUCAUGGUCUCGAAAGCAACGAGCACAUGCAAGGCCUCAGCCCCAACCAGGCUUCCACUCCAGUCAAAAGCCCCACGAUGGAUGGGGAGGAUUCCGUUUCAACUCCUGUGCCAAGGAAGGCUCCUCGUGACUUGGCCACCUUGAAUUCUUCUCCACCAACGGCCCAUCUGUUUCUAGGAUUGCAACAUGGGGAACCAGAGCUUCCAAGUAUGAUGGACGUGGACGUCGAAGACGAUAUAGACUGGUCGCCGAAGUCGGAUAGACUCAGACAAGAUGUUGCAACUAAUGUGGCGUCGAGUCCUCUGCAGCGUCGAUUCGAACGUGUCUCAGAGGACGACUUUGAUGAACAACAGUCUACUCAGAGGUCAUCAAUCUUCGACUGGUCAGAACACCCCAAGUUUGGUAGUGACCAGUCCAAUGGCAUCAGUCCACGUCCUCAAACAGUGCACGGGAAACAUGGCGCACAUGUCGGGCGGAGUCGAGCCUCUGGACGGAAAACCAAUGCAGCCAUGCACCUGCGCAGCCAGAGCGUACCGGUCAAUCGAGACACUUCCACCGAGACCGACACGCCAUCAUCGGCCACCAAAUUCGGUACAUGGGCUCUCGGGAGCAAGCCUGUCAGCGAGGAAUGGAGCGAUGAUUUUGAGUUUGACGAUGCCGAAGAGAUCCCGGAAGCUCUGGCGCCAAAAGAUGAAGAGAAGGCGAAGAAUCGGGAGUCAAUCCGAAGUGUUAAAGUGCCCCAGUCCAUCAUAGACCGUCAGCAGAGUGUACACAUGCAAUUUGGUCAGGUUCGGGAUUUCAUGCUCUUGGUCGAAGAGCUUAAGAGGCUUCGCAUCCGUGGCGCCGAUCUAGGCCUACUGGGAGGCUACUCACGACAGUUAUGGGAAGACGCAGAAAGCAUCAUCGACCUCGCUACUGUCAAUGAGGAUGACGAUGGUUUCCCCCGGCCACCUUCGCCGGUAUCGUCUGAUAUCUUUGGGGACGAGACACCACCGCCUAAAAGAAGCGCCGAAGACGAUCUCGGACGGACGAUUAAUCGACGUUCCAUCUCCAGCCCGGCAACACCUCCCUUCGGACGACCACGGGGAGAAAGCUUGCAAACUAAGAGCUUUCUGCAGGCCAUCCAUCACAACCGAAGUGCGGUGGAGUCGUCACCCGUGGAGCGGGCAACACCUUCGCAUGAUCGUGAUAAGCUGCCUUUCGACACGCAAGAUCUCAGAGAUCUCGUGGUCAGAGCAGGAGUGAUCACUCGAGCGCUGAAGGAGAUUGUGCGGAAAGCCGAAGGGGUGUCUCUGAGCCCUGAACGGCCGGUGCAUAAAUUUCAAGAGCCGGUAUUCCGGCACAUUUUCGAUCCGCCGAACUCGUCUCCCAGUCCAGGAGUGAGAAAGCCUGGUCUGCCCAAGAGCAGGAGUGCGAAUAGCUAUCUUGACGUGGCUAGCACAUCUUCCGACCACGAUCGUCCCCAGCCGUUGACCUUUACCACGGUUGUGGAAGCUAAUUGA